AAACUCUUAUAAAGAAAUAAAUUCGUAUUUUGUUAUGUAAUUAAUUACGUUGCAUGCAGUGAUUACAUAAUAAAUAAAAGAUAAACUUUUUUUUAUAAUAUCUUUAUAGUGUACAGAAAUAUGCAAUUUAAUGUAAUAUUUUUAAAUCUGUGGCAAUUACAAUCAAAAUUAUUUGCUAGGUACCUUUGUGUUUUACAUAAUAAGAAGCGUUAAGCGGUACAUUACAUACACUUAAUAUAAAUAAACAUAGCAAAUUGAAUGUGAAUAGUGUAAAUACACGGACAAUUUCAAAAUGCAUGAAAUUGAAAUAAGCUUGGAAGACAAAAAUUAUCCUAGUUACAAUUACUUUAACUACUUUUCGAUUGAUAAUGUUGAUUAUGAUAAAAUCACCUAUGAUUUUUUUUUCACUAAUUAUAUGCUCAAAAAUGUUCCAUGCAUUAUUAAAAAUGUCAGCUUAAACUGGGAAUGCAACAGUAAAUGGAUUAAAAAUGGUACAAUUUCAUACGAUUAUUUUAUACAAGAAUACGGUGACUUGGAAGCACCUAUAGCAGAUUGUAAUAAAAUAAAUUUUAAUGCUCAUACAAAAACUGACAUGAAAGUUGCAACUUAUAUGGAAUAUUUAAAAAGUAUCUCAAAAGAAAAAUUAUUGUAUCUAAAAGAUUGGCAUCUUCGAAAAUUACGACGAAAUGAUUACUUUUAUGAGGUACCAUUCACUUUUGCGUCCGACUGGUUAAAUGAAUUUGCAGUUGAUCAUAAUCAGGAUGAUUUCAUGUUUGUAUAUAUAGGACCUCAAGAAUCUUGGACACCUUUGCAUGCAGAUGUCUAUAAUUCAUUCAGUUGGUCAGUAAAUGUUGUAGGAAGAAAAAAGUGGAUUUUGUUCCCACCAGGGGAGGAAGAAAAUCUGAAGGAUUCUUUGGGAAAUUUGCCAUUACUUGUGCAUACUGAUAAAGAAAAAACUGCAAAAUACUUAGAAAUUAUACAAGAACCAGGUGAUGCUAUAUUUGUUCCAUCUGGUUGGUUUCAUCAAGUUUUCAACUUAUUGGACACUAUUUCUAUCAAUCAUAAUUGGAUCAAUGCUUGUAACAUUGAACUUGUAUGGAAAGCAUUGCAAAAAUGCUUGAUUUCUGUGGAGAAGGAAAUUGAAGAAUUCAAAGGUGAACCUGAAUAUUAUUCACAAUGUGAACUUAUUCUUAAAUCUGUAUUUGGUAUGGAUAUAGGGUCUUUUAUGACUUUUUUAUCUUAUAUUAGCAAGAAAAGAGUAAAACAAUUGGAAAAUAUAAAUUUACGAUUUAAUGACCAUAAAUUAGGAGAAAAUCAUAUCAGGUUUGAUAUAAAAGUUCUAUCAACAAUAAUAAAUAGUAUAGAUAUAAAUGAAAACUUAUUCUUAAAUAAUGAUCUUUAUACAAAUCUUAAAACUGAUUUUAUUGAAACUAAAUUGUUACUUUCUACAUACAACAAACCUUGAAACUUCAUUAUACUUCACAGAUUAUUUAUUUACUAGUUGUAAACCGCAGUUCCACUUGUUAAAUUAUAUUCCCGUUCCCAUGAGAAUUUCCCAGCCUAUGUCUAAAUCUUUCAAAUUCAGUCCAAUUAUUUUACUUGUUGAGGUUUAUUAUUACAAAUUAAAUUACAAAUAUUUUCCCUUUAUAAUAUUGUAUGUAUGUAAAAUAAAUAAAAAUAAUAUACAUAUAGAAUAUGACAAUAUAACAGUAUUAUUGAUGUAUAUAACUAGAUACCUGCUGAUUUUAUAAGUUACAUUUUUUACUACUAUAAACUAAACCUUUCUUUAUUAAUUCAUUUAUAUACAUUUUGUCAUAACCCAAUUCCCUCAAAAUAUCUACUGUAUCUUGACCUGGCUUUGGUAAAGGUUUUGUCCCCACCGAUUUUCCAGGUGUCUUUGAAAAUUUUGGUACUGGGUCAGGUACGAUGCAAUUAUUAGAGUUUCUGUUAAAAAAAUUUCUUUGUGCAUAGUAUUUUUGACGAUCUACGCUAUCAAAUUCCAGUACCGGUGUUACACAAGCAUCCAAUUGAUCAAAUAUGCAGCACCAUUCAUCUU